AUAGGCUAUGAUUCAAUAAACUAAAACUAGAACACAAACAAACAUAAAACAAGAGACUUGAGAAAUGGAUAACGAAGAAAAAGACAUAGAUAAAGAUAAAGACAAAGAUAAAGAUCAAAAUCAAGAUAAAGGUAAAGAAGAAUAUGAAGAUGAAACGGUUGAAGAACUUAACGUUAAAAUAGGCCCUACGAUUAGAGAAUCUGAUGAUGAAACCUCUCAAAGACUCCCACACAAAACAAUAUCAGAUACUUUAACUAUGCCCAUCGCCCAUCCGAGACCUCAAAAUAUUGGCAUUCGGAUAUCUUCUGUCAAGUCGUCUCGUUAUUCUGAUGCGUCAAGACCGACAUUUUUAUACAAUCGAAUAACGGAAAGUAGCAGUAAUAGCGAUACCAACAUAAAUUUAUCGAUAAUACCUUCUAUGUUUACCGGUUCCACGGUCUCGAGGACAAUCGAUGGGGAUAGCGAACACAGCUUGCAACACCGAGGUAUAGUGCGUUUGCCGCCGGAACACAAAUCAUACGAAAUUGAUGGAAGCCCCCGAAAACUAUAUCCCAAUUGUGAAUAUCAUUUUCCACACACCAAGCACUUGUCACGAAAGCUCUUUUAUGACGGCAAGCGUAAUUUGUGCUUUUCGCGUAGACCAAAAUCUUGGAUCUAUUCGUUGAUUUACGUAUUGGUCUUUAUGUUUUUCGUUAUUUACGUCGACCGCGUGAUUUUCCGUCGAUUUGUGCUUAAUUAUAAUAUGAUUGCGCCAGAGCUCAAAAUAAGACAGCCAUAUUUGAGCUUUGCACCGAUCGGAGCGAAACAAACUUAUCGUCUCAUCGAAUAUGAUUUAUCGAAUUACACAAGUGUAAUUCGCAAGCGCCAGCAGUUGCAAGAGUUUCUGGAUAGGCAUGGUCGUUCGCAAGGGGCAAUCCGACGAUUUGGACCUUGCCAGAAGGAGUAUCAUUUUGGCUACAACAGCUUAAGUCCGUGCGUAUUCAUAAAAAUGAAUCGUUUACUUCGCUUCACAGCACAGCCCUAUAAGACGCCAGAAGACAUAAGUCCAGCCGCUAUUGUGUCGAAAGAUUAUGAAAAGCUUAUGUAUUUUGUUUGGAAUGCAACCGAGACGCAGAAGCGAAUAAAUUAUAUUUGGUUAACAUGUGAUUCCGAACCGAUCACGCAACUUAAAUUCCAUCCGAGACCGGCAUUUGAUGCGAGAUAUGUGUGUGUGAAGAGAUUUAAGGGUAUCAAAACGACAGGCAGGGACCUCGAAUACAUUAGCAAACUUAGUAUGAAUCGUUUGAUAGCAAUCAAAUUGAACAACUUGAAAUUGAAUGUAAAACAUCAGUUUACUUGCAAAAUCUGGGCAAAUAAUAUAAAGAAUAAUCAGCCCGGUUUGGGGCAAGUAACGUUUUUUGUGCUACCCAGAACCCGGGGAAAUGUCAAAAAUAUUCAUUAUCAUGAAGGGCUAUAAAAACAAAAAUGAGAUAUAUGUUAAAUAUUAUAUGAAAAUCCAAAUAUAUUCUGAGACCAACUUUGCUUUCUCCACACUUUA